UCAUCAGGAGUAUCAUUAGAAAUUCCCAUAGACUCUCUUCUAUUUCCGACUUAAACAAGCUUCUAAUUAUUCCAAACAUCCACCCAAACACUCUGCCUCGUCUAUCGAUUCAUUGGGGUCAGCCUACCACCCAUAUCACAGUCGAGCUGGGUUCAGUCGUCAACUGUCCUUCGGUUUCUUCUCCUCAUCUAUAGCAAUCAUGUGGUCCAAGCCCGUCUCCGGAUUUUUCGGCGUCGUUGCCGUGCUCACCUUCCUAGCCACAAUUGUCAGAGCCGAUGUACUGGCACCUAACACCCUCGUCGCCAUACUCCAUAGCUUUACGUCCAAGACUCGUUGCCACUGUGCGGUGAGAGCCAUGAGCCUUGCAGUCGACACAUCCGCGACCAAUUGGUGUAACAAGUUGCCGUUUGGCUUCCAACCUCAGGCUGUUGACAUCGAUGGAGAUUGGGAGGUCUUUCUCUUUGACAAACCGGAUUGCACAGACACGGGUGGUUGGCUCGUUCCACGCACUGCUGAGUAUCCUCAUGUCUGCAAUUAUGAUCUUGGGAUUACCAAAGCAUACGCCGUCCUUCGGCCCGAUCACGACAACAAGACUAAUUUGAAAACUGGGGACCGACGUGGAAAAGUCGACCAGCAUUGCGGAAGUUAGAUCGCAGGAGCCGGUCUAUACAGUCUUGUUGUUCGAAGCUCUCCUUAGAGCAAGUUACCUAAUGUCCGACUCCUGAAGGCAUACUAGUAUCAUUCCACCAAAGCCAUUGCGCAUGGGGCUUAGGUGCAAACAGUGUACCGUAUCAUAAAGUAUCCCUAG